GCCGGCGCUCGGUCCCGCCCCAGGCGUUCAGGACUCCGGCGGGAGGGCCGCGGUGUCCACCUGGGACUCCGUCUUCGGAGCUGCCGCAUGCGACUGCUGACGCCGCCGGCUCGUUCGGGAAGUCCGAAGGGUUCCGGACGCGAAGUACCAUUUCCAUGAAAAUCACUGAAUUUCAGACCUUCUCUCCUGGUUGCUGAAGGACUUUUGGCGACACUGUUCACUUAGUUCAGGGAGCUGAAGCUUCAGCAGAACCCUGACCCAGGGACAGCUCAAUGGCCCUGGGAGAAGAAAAGGCAGAGGGGGAGGCGUCCUCAGACAAGAAGGCCCCUUCCUGUGGGGGCUGGAGCCGCGGGGAGCAGGAGCUGAGCCCCUCAGGGCCUGUGCUCGGGGAGCAGCCGCCACGCCUGGAAGCUGAGGGAGGACCUGCCUCCCCUGUUGGGGGCACCGAGGGGCUCCCCAGCCCUGCCUGCUACGGUGGGGUUGGCCCUGGCUCCUCCAGAACCUGCCAGCCACUGGCCAAUGGGGCCAGCAGGGAGCCAGCAGCCGGUGGGUCUAAGCCUGCUCUCAGUUGCAUGACUCCUCCUGCCAGCCUGGAGACUGGAGAUCUGCCCUCUGCGGGAAGCCAGAUGGAGGAGACCAGGCUUCCUGUCCCGGAGGCGGAGGCGCUACCUCGGACCCGAGCCAUUCCCAGAGCUGCCGCUCUUUGCUCAGGACACGAUGCUGACACCGAAGACGACCCGUCCCCUGUGGAGUCGCCGCAGGUGCCAGACCUCUGCCCACAGUCUCCCAUCCCAGGCUUCCCGUGCCCGUCGAGGUGGAGGUCGGCUGUGAGCCCGGAGACGCCCGCGCCACUGUCGUCCAGCCGCAGCGUGUCGGCCUCCUCCCCGGGCAGCAGUCUGCAGGGUCACCAGGAAAAGGCAGAGCCUCGGAGCGGCUGCCUCACCAAGGUCUCCUCCUGCCUGGAGCUGGCUGUCCCACCAUCAGCCCCCUCAGCGGUAGGCCCUGGGCCUCGGCUCCAGUGGUUGCCCCAGCCCAUGUCCUCAGCGGGGGAUGCCCCCGGGCUGGGCAGGAGACGCCUCUCCUUCCAGGCCGAGUACUGGGCCUGUGUACUGCCCGAUUCCCUGCCUCCCUCCCCAGACCGCCGCUCCCCACUCUGGAACCCGAACAAAGAGUACGAAGACCUGCUGGACUACACCUAUCCCCUCAGGCCCGGGCCCCGGCUCCCGAAGCAGCUCGAUAGCCACGUGCUGGCUGAGCCUGUCCUGCAGGACUCAGGCGUAGACCUCGAUAGCUUCUCCAUCUCCCCGGCGAGCACCCUCAAGUCACCCACUAACGUCUCCCACAGUUGCCCACCAGCCGAGGCUGCUGCCGUGCCAUUCUCUCUACCCAGAGAGCCAAGCCUUAAGCGGGGGCCCUCUGGAGUACCCCAGAAGCAGGGUGGUGUGGGGUUAGCGUCUUGCAGCCCUUUUGCCUCUACCCCCAGAGCCCCAGGUGGUAGGGCCACUCCUUGGGUGAGCAGAGAGCCUGCCCGGAAGAACCUGAGGGACUGGCCACCUGUGGGCAGGCACCUUGAGCUGGGCUCUCCACACCUGAGGACACGGGACAGAGGGUGGCCCUCACCUGGGCUGGAGAGGGAGAAGGGGGCCAGCCAGGGCCUGGGGCGCCUCGCCUGCACGGAGUCUGGAUGGAAACCACAAGAGGAGAUGGAAAGUGACGACGAGUAUCUGGCCCUGCCCACUCGGCUGACACAGGUUUCUAGCUUGGUUUCGUAUCUGGGCUCCAUUCCCACCUCUGUGCCCCUGUCCACGGAUGCUGCUGAAGGGCAGAGCUCCCUGGACGUGUCGGACAGUGAUGGGCCAGCUUCCCUCCCGUCAGACUCCAGCCAAAGCCAGCUUCCCUCCAGGGCUACCUUCAGAGGGUCCUGGAGCGCUGAGGACCAGAAGCACCGUUUGCUACGCUCCUUCGUCCAUGCAAGGCGCUCUGCUGGGGAGGGCAGUCUGGUGAGCGGCCAGGCCCUGGGGGUCUCCUCUGGACCGGUGAGAACACGCGCCUCCUGGUCGGCAAUGUUGGAUCCAGAUGCUGAAGGGCAGCCUCCCAGGAAGGGUGGAGAGCAGGGAAAAGAGUCGCUCGUGCAGUGCGUGCAGACAUUUUGUUGUCAGCUGGAAGAGCUUAUCCACUGGCUGUAUCACGUUGCAGACGCUACUGACCACCUCACUGCGCCCAGAUCCAGCCUUACGGGCCUCAAGUCUUCCCUGCAGCUUUACCGGCAAUUUAAGAAAGAUAUAGAUGAACACCAGUCCCUGACGGAGAGUGUCUUACAGAAAGGGGAGGUCCUGCUUCAGAGCCUGCUGGAUAAUACCCCAGUGUUGAAGGAUGUCCUGGGCAGGAUCUCUCGGCAGCCCAGCGCGCUGGAGAGCCACGCAGAUCGCCUGUACGACACCAUCUUGGCCUCCCUAGACACACUGGCCGGCUGCACCCUCACUCCCAACAGCACGCCAGCGGCACACAGGAGCGCCAGUGUGAAGGGUAUUAGCCUGGUGAGUACAGCAACCCCAGAGGAGAAAAUGUGUCCUGAGACCCCAGUGCCUGAUUCUGGAACAGAGUUCUGCUCUAAUAGUUGGCUGUUUCUUAGAAGCUUCUUGAACUCUAAGACCUACUGAAACAAAUGAGAGGCUGGGAGAAGCCGCUGGAACUGAAAAGGGGAGAUGCUGCCAUUGCCAGGAAGUGGGGCUCCGGUGCGGCGCUUUCUGUGAUGAUGAAAGCGGCACGUUCCAUUGCUCACUUGCAGCCCUGUGCCUGCUGAGGACUAGGGUGCUCUGUGCUUCCAUCUUAAAUGGCUGACGUGUCACCCCUCCCCACCCAUGGAAACACCACCACCCAUGGAAACAAAAAUUGACCUGUACCAACUUUUUUAUGUCUGUGCACAUAUGCUUCUCCAGUACAGGCUGCCUCUAUCCUAUAGGCUCGCUCCACCCAGCUCGUGUGGUGCUCCAUCUGUAAGCAACUCUUGACAGUGCCAAGUAGCCACAGGGAUCCUAAGUUACAACUCCCCACCUCUCCUUUUCCUGGAAAUGCCCUCUGUAAGCAUCACACACCACUCCCCUCCAAAAAAAGGCUAGAGGAUGGAUAGAUGGGUGCACCGGGCCUUGGAGAUGUCACAGAUAGGAACAGAAGCUGAGAGCAAAGAGGGGCUGCUGGCCCACACCAUGAUGCCACAGCUGGAGCAUGCUGCUUCUGAAACUUCUCCUACAGCCGAAACCUGGCAUUUAACUCAUAUUUCCUGAGUGAGAAUUCACUGUAGAUCAAAGAAGGUAAGGGAUAAAUCCAGGUAUGUCAGGAGCAGGGAGUCCCUGUAUUUGCAUCAAAUAAAUGUAGGCAGUAGUCAUUUUAAUACUAAAAUGAAUGCAGAUGAUUGCCAUGUCACUUCUUCCUCUGCAGCAUUCUGCCUAUAACAGAUGCUUCUCUUUCUCUUUUAGGCAUCUUCUCUGGAAGAGAUGUAAUAAUCUGUCAGUCAAAAUGUGGCUAUUGGGAAACUUUCGGAAGUCCUUGUGAGAGCUAUUUAAUACUGAAACCAAGGGGGAAAUGUGACUCUAAUGUACUAGCUUUAAAAUGCUAGCUCUUCCCUGAAAGGAAGGGCUGCUGAGUUACUGUUUUUAUUUAAAAUGAGUCCUUCCCAGUUAAGGUUUUCCUUUGGUGCUUCUUACAAAGAGCAUGUAGCUUUCCAGUUGUUGAUAAAAUAAUGCCAACAAGGCUUACAGGAUUUCCCCUCCCUAUGUCCAGUUAAAAAGAGGAGACAGAACUCCUAAACUAGUCUGCGUACUGAGAUCAUUUAAAGAAGGCUGGUAUGAGAAAGAAGGUACCCAGGACUUGGUAUUCUCAGGCAUGCAAGAGGAUCCAAGAGACAAAAGGUGACUGGUGAGCCAGGAAGGUGGAUCUUUUCAUAAAGCGAAGCAUAGGCUUAUAAAUCACUCUUUGAAGACUGUAGAAGACAAACUCUCCAAAAUAAUAGAAAGUUUUGAACAAAUAGAACCUCUGCAAACUAGUUUGGGCUGCUAAGAUACCUUUUAUCAUCUUAAGUGCUCAGGGCUCCAUCUGCCUGCCCAACAUUUUAAAGGAGAAUGUGAUAGGGGCUUAAGAAGCUGCCAUUGAGCUUCAGUCCAUUAAUGAUCUGCCUUCAGGGUACCUUCAGGAGGAGGCAUUCUCCUCUCCUCCCUGUGAAGAGUCAGAGAAGGACAUGAGUAGGCUCACACAGUCUAUAAUAACUAUAGAAGCUAAGGCUAUUCAUAGUGAGGAAAAAAGGGAAUUCUUUGUUGCUUUGGGAGUUGACAUGUAAGUACCUUGUUGGGGGGGGGGGGGGGCGGGCGUGUAACCAAGGAGCAACCAUUUAAAGCCAACUCUGUAGCUUUUUAAAGUAAAAUGAUUGGCCACUGCUGGUAAUCACACAUUCUGCAAAAACAAAGUGCUUUAAAAAUGCUGUAUUGGGCUGUGAAUGCACAUGGAAGGAGGAAAGCACUUUCCCUGUGCACUUGUAUUCCAGUAGGCUACGACCUGAGGAAAGGGUUCUCCACACUUAAAUAUGUGAUCAACACUUCAAGAAAGUCAAGAUCCUUUCUCAAACUCUAGGUUCUCACUUGAGGAGGGUGCUUAAGAAAGGAAGAUACUUUAUAAAGAAAUGGACAAAUCACCUGAACCCAGAGCAGGUAACAUUAGAACAGUUGCUUUCAUAAAGGAGCCUUCUGAUAUCCCCUCAGAAUAAAAUACUUAGUAGAAAUUACCCUCUUUAAGAGAAGCUUAGAACUUUAAUUUUGGGGGCUGAGCCACUUAACACCAUCUCAUCCACCUCUGUGAACUAAAAUCCUAAAGAGUUUAAACUGGAAAAUAAGCUGUUAAUAAGUUUUAAUGUUUAAAGAUUUUAAUUCUAAAGGGAAACUAUAAAAUUCAGUAGGAGUUAUAUAAAAUGGAGUAUUUCAAGUGCCUCUGCCAUUCUAGUAUUUAUCAAAAUGCCUAAAGCAUUUAUCAAAAUGCUUAAGGGCAUAAUUUUGGUUCUGCUGUCUCUGUUUUUAAUCUUGGUUCUGUACAUAGAUUUAAAAAGACAAAACACCUUCCUAGCAGAUUAUUAUAUAUGUAAAAUAGUCUUAAAGGCCUUAAUUGGUUAAGAAGACAUAUCUAAUAGCCUCUGUUCUUAAAUUGAUAUAUUUCACCUUCUCUUUGAUGUAACUAUAAAUUGGUACAUGCCUUUCCAAUGAGUGUGUUACAGGACAAGCCCUUGGAAGUUAAACCCAUUUAUUUACAAACAUUUUGCUAGGCAUAAAAAUGCCUUAACUAGUUAGCAAAAGAACUGUUUCUAUAGGACUGUCAUCUUCAAAGUGACCAAUGGUACUUUACAGUAGUUGAAUGCUGAAAGUGCCAUUCAAUCUAAUAAUUAGCUUCAGCUGACAGAAAUUUUCACAGAAUAUUUUAUUUCAGAGUACCCUAUUUUGUAAAAAAUCUAUUACUUUUACCAAGCGAUGAUCUAAAGAUAUUUUUGUUCACUUCCUUUGCCUACUCUGGACCUACUCAUGAAUAUCACCGAAGAGUAUCAGGAAAGCUAUUAAUGGUAUCUUCAGCAGUGCUAUAGGUGUAAGACCUCCCUUAAAAUUCAAGCAGAAAUUGUUUCUGACUAGAAGAUGAGCCAGCAGCAUUUCGUAAGCAAACACGGCCAGGUUCGAUUCUGGGAGCCUAGCUGGCCAGUGCUCUGUGGUCCAUGUUACCUUAAGGACAGCAGUGGCUCAGUGUAGUUACAAAAGCCCAAGUUUACCUGUAGUAUAAUUUCCCAGUAGUCCCCUUAAAGUAGCAGAACUGAAGUCCACAGGAAAGUGGCAGUACUGGGAGCUAGAUUGGCAGUUUCAAAACCUGGGUUCUUGUUGCAGCUCCACGGCUUAACCUCAUCUGCAAAUAGUAGACAGUGUCAGUACAAUACUAUUUUGAAGCUUAAAUGGGAAUACAAAGAAGGGCAGAUGUAAAAUAUGUUGCAAUGACAACAUACAUGCUAAAGGAAAUUUUGGUCCGUAGUCAAAAAAAGUCAUUGCUUAGACCAGAAUGGCUAUCAUUUUGCAAGGAUUUCCAGAGACUGUGACUGCUUAGGUUUAGAACAUGUGAGCUAAUUCAUAGCAACCACUUACAAAAUACGGCAAGCAAUAAUUCGAGUGAAUGGAUUAUCAAAAGCCCAUAAUAAUAUAGCUUGAAAUAUUUGUACUUGAAAAUGGGGGUAGGAAUAGGAGUAUUUGCCCCAAAAACUGCAUUUAUUAAGUGAGUAGUGAAGCAUGCUGAAACAUCUUGUCCCAGUCUUGACUACCACAAGGAAAAGAACACUAGAAUUUUCAAAAAUAAAUAUGUAAAUAUGCUUACACCUCAAAUUCACAAAUUUUUUUGCUAACUCACCAAGAAAAAGCUGACAGUUUGAACAACUUGCUGUAUAAAACAAAAGUGCAUUACAUUGUCUGAAAUUUGUAUCAUCUACUUUAAAAAUAUUUCUAAAUUAUUUGUUUGUACUGUAUUGAUAAGGCAAAAAAAACCUUUUGAAGCAUUAAAAAAAUUUCACCCAAAUAACUAUUGGUAGCUUGAGGAGUUUUUCAGUUGCCUUAUGUGAAGAUGAAUAGACCCAACAAGCACAUCUAUAAUACAAAGUAAACUGUGAUUUUAUUGUGAAAUUCUCAUAGAUGGAAAAUUAAAUUGAAUAUUUAUUCUGUCCAUUUCAUUUUACAAUAAUCUUACCACUUAUUUUUGUACCAUGUAUUUCAAUUGCCUGUUUAGUGAAAAUAAAGAAACCUAUAAUUUUUGGCUUGUUUUUAAAUUUUAUCACUGAAUUAAAGACCCCACCAUAAAAUGUGUAGCCAACAGCCACAUCCCACGCCCCUAAGUAAAGAAUAUUUUGGUUACUAUUUCAACCCCAAGGAAACAAUCUUUGACUUCUAUCACCUUAAAAUGCCAGAGUUAGCAAAAGAUUUUUGUUCCCCCACAAUAAAAACAAACCCUAGGAUCUUUCAGGUCCUAGUUAACAAAAUUUUCACAUGUGCAAAAUUCAACUGAAAUAAAUAUUUCUCUCAUUUAUCACUCCCGCCCAGCAUUCAUGUUUUCAGCUAAUUUUAAGGGACAUAUUAGGGCAAAUAGUACAUGUCCUGCUUCCUACUUAAAUGCUUUAACUCGCCUCCAACCUAAGGUAUACAAUUGUGGAGGAUAAAACAGCUGACAUCAGACUCUAAACAUGGAAGAAACAAUAUUAGCACACGUGUUAGUCUGCCAAUUAAGGAAAGGUGGUGUUUUCCACCUCUACCACAGAAGAAUCAAGUGUUGAUCAAUGAAGCCAUUUCAAAUGGUUCUAGAGAAGGAUCAGAGAUAAUAGGCUAGGUAGCAUACAUUCUAAAACUUAUUUUCAUACAAUUUAAUCUCCCUGAACCACUAAGCUUGGUUAAAUCCCUGUGCAGCAGAAGCCUCCUUAGGUCAUUUACUGGGUAUAUUAUCUGGAAAGCAUAUUGGAUGCUGCUCUAAAAUAGGUCUACAAUGCCCUGGUUGCACACACAAAUGGCUGUUUUGAGUAUAAUGCAAGGCUCUAUUUCCCUUUAGCCAUAAGAAUUAAAACAAUACUUAUCACCAUACAGUUUGAUAUUACUUCCAAUAAGUACAAUAUUUAUUAAACAUAUCUUCAGUUGUUUUGUUACAUAGUGUGCAACAAAUUACAAUAUUCUGCAGCCACAAAUUAUAUGCAGAGUAUGAAGAAACUAUUAAUCAGAUAGUGUAAUCUUUCCGUUUAUAACUCUACAAGGAAGAACUAGCAAAUCAGAUCUUACAUAUAACAUCUCACUAAACUUUAUGCAUGGAAAGUGACAGACACUGGUUGUGCUGUUUGAUACAAAAUGGCUGAACUUCAUCUUCAGAAGACUAAACCUGACAUCUAAACAUGCCAAUAUAAACAUCAAAACAAAAUAUAUUCUAACCAACCACGGGAAACAGUCUGGUAUCAGGAAAGCAACAAGGAUUACACACAUUAUUUUAUAAACCAGCACACAAAGGUUUAAAACAG